CAAUAGAUAAAAAGAAGCUGGACCCUUCCUACUUCCAAAAAUAUGACAACAUAAAAUGGGAAGGGAAAAUAAUCGCCAUAGGAGACAUACACGGAGAUAUAGAAAGUCUGAAGCUAAUUUUACGACAUGCAAAUUUGGUAAACGAAAAUGACGAAUGGAUUGCAGAAAAUGUAUUGCUAGUUCAGGUGGGAGAUGUACUAGAUAGAGGAAUUUAUGGUCCAUUAAUUUAUGACUAUUUAUUUAAGUUACAAAAGGAAGCACCUUUGAAAAAAAGCAAAGUCUUACUGAUUAUGGGAAAUCACGAGCAACUAAACCUUUGUGGAUAUUUCGAUUACGUAAAUAAGAAAGAAGUAGAAAAAUUUUUUAAAAAUAAUUACAACUACAGGUUAUUCCAUUUUGUGUACAGUAGGGGAGAGUACUACAAUAAGUUAAUUCGCUUACCAGCAAUUGCUAAAGUGAAUGAUAUUUUAUUUGUCCACGCGGGGAUAAGUAAAAAGAUAUCCUCACUUAGCUUAAAUACCAUACGGUUAAAGACGAGGCUGCAAGUUGAAAAUAUGUGCAGAGUGCUCAGUUAUGAUAAAUCGAUGAACUACGUAAGUCAAGAAGGAGUACUUUGGCAUGACCACAUUUCACGCACAGCUCCUUAUGAUGAGAAAGAAGCAUGCUCAAUUUUAUCUCAUGUUUUUAACAACUACAAGGCUAAGCAUUUAGUCGUAGGACACACCAAACAAAUGACACAUGAAAUUAGCUCCUACUGUAAUGGUGGUUUAUUUCUUAUCGACACUGGGAUGAGCCUUUUCAUGAAUAACGGACAGCCGUAUCCAAACUACCUCGUCGUCCAAAAUGGGACCUUCAAUUCAGUUCACUUAAACGUUGAGGUAAAUAAGAAGAGCAAAAGUUGCGGUUCGCUUGAGAUAGAACUGCACAGCCCCAACAAGCAGAGCUUCUGCGUCCACGCGAGGGAAACGCGCUUGUCUCCCCAGAGCAGCGGCUGGCGCUUCUUUU